UCCAGCUCACAGCUGCCUUCAGCCUCCAUUCUCGUCAAGUGGCUAGGAUUUAGUUCAGGGGCCAUCCCCACAAAGGGCCAGAGGGAGGAGGAGCUGUAGCACCCUCGGGAUACAAGCAAGGAGCCAUCCGGUUAUGAUGGUCCAUACAGCCUGCCCACUUGGUUGCAGGCAAUGAGACUAACCCCGACCUGGCCAGCAGCUGUAGAUGGAUUCCAGACCUGGAAAGACAGAUUGGACCAGGAUGGAACGAAACAGAAAAGAGAGAGGAAGAAAACUGUGUCGUUCAGCAGCAUGCCAACAGAGAAGAAGAUCAGCAGUGCCAGUGACUGUAUCAACUCAAUGGUUGAGGGUUCUGAACUCAAAAAGGUUCGGUCAAACUCCAGGAUUUAUCAUCGGUACUUUUUGCUGGACGCUGACAUGCAAAGCCUGAGGUGGGAGCCAUCUAAGAAGGAUUCUGAGAAAGCCAAGAUUGAUAUCAAAUCUAUCAAGGAAGUGAGAACAGGGAAAAACACAGAUAUAUUCCGCAGUAAUGGCAUUUCUGAGCAGAUAUCUGAAGAUUGUGCAUUUUCAGUCAUAUAUGGAGAGAAUUAUGAGUCACUUGAUUUGGUUGCAAAUUCUGCAGAUGUUGCAAACAUCUGGGUGACGGGACUCCGGUACCUGAUUUCUUAUGGGAAACAUACACUUGAUAUGUUAGAAAGUAGCCAAGACAACAUGAGGACUUCUUGGAUUUCACAAAUGUUUAGUGAAAUUGAUGUAGAUGAUCUUGGACAUAUAACUCUGUGUAAUGCUGUACAAUGUAUCAGAAACCUCAAUCCUGGUUUAAAAACAAGCAAAAUUGAGCUUAAGUUCAAAGAAUUACAUAAAUCAAAGGACAAAGCUGAUACUGAAGUCACAAAAGAAGAAUUUAUUGAGGUUUUUCAUGAACUUUGUACUAGACCUGAAAUUUACUUCCUUUUAGUCCAGUUUUCAAGCAAUAAAGAAUUCCUUGAUACCAAGGACCUUAUGAUGUUUCUUGAGGCAGAACAGGGUGUAGCACAUAUAAAUGAGGAGAUAAGCCUUGAAAUUAUUCACAAAUACGAGCCAUCCAAAGAAGGUCAGGAAAAGGGCUGGCUCUCCAUAGAUGGGUUCACUAAUUACCUGAUGUCACCCGAUUGUUACAUAUUUGAUCCAGAGCAUAAGAAGGUCUGUCAGGAUAUGAAGCAGCCACUGUCUCAUUACUUUAUAAACUCCUCUCAUAAUACAUACUUGAUAGAGGACCAGUUCCGGGGCCCCUCUGACAUCACAGGGUAUAUCCGUGCUCUUAAAAUGGGUUGCAGGAGUGUUGAAUUAGAUGUGUGGGAUGGGCCAGAUAACGAGCCUGUGAUUUACACAGGCCAUACCAUGACCUCUCAGAUAGUCUUCCGCAGUGUCAUCGAUAUUAUUAACAAGUAUGCAUUCUUUGCUUCUGAGUAUCCUCUCAUCUUAUGUUUAGAAAACCACUGUUCUAUUAAACAACAGAAAGUGAUGGUCCAACACAUGAAGAAAAUUUUAGGAGACAAGCUGUAUACAACAUCACCCAAUAUGGAGGAGUCUUACCUGCCGUCUCCGGAUGUCCUGAAAGGGAAAAUACUAAUCAAAGCAAAGAAGCUGUCUUCAAAUUGCUCUGGUGUGGAAGGCAAUGUUACUGAUGAAGAUGAAGGGGCAGAAAUGUCUCAGAGGAUGGGGAAAGAGAUCGUGGAACAGCCCAACCAGGUGCCCGUGAAGCGCUUUCAGCUUUGCAAAGACCUGUCUGAACUGGUCAGCAUCUGUAAGUCAGUCCAGUUCAAGGAAUUUCAGGUGUCCUUUCAGGUGCAGAAGUACUGGGAAGUGUGUUCAUUUAAUGAAGUGCUUGCCAGCAAAUAUGCCAAUGAAAACCCCGGGGACUUCGUAAAUUACAAUAAGCGUUUUCUUGCCAGGGUCUUUCCUAGUCCAAUGAGAAUUGAUUCGAGUAACAUGAACCCUCAAGAUUUCUGGAAAUGUGGGUGUCAAAUUGUGGCCAUGAACUUCCAGACUCCAGGGCUGAUGAUGGACCUGAAUAUCGGCUGGUUUCGGCAGAACGGGAACUGUGGCUAUGUUCUUCGGCCAGCCAUCAUGAGGGAGGAAGUCUCCUUCUUCAGUGCCAACACAAAGGACUCUGUUCCCGGAGUCUCACCUCAGUUGCUUCACAUUAAAAUUAUCAGUGGCCAGAACUUUCCCAAGCCCAAAGGGUCAGGUGCCAAAGGUGAUGUAGUGGAUCCUUAUGUCUAUGUGGAAAUCCAUGGAAUUCCUGCUGACUGUGCAGAGCAAAGGACAAAAACCGUGAAUCAGAAUGGAGAUGCUCCCAUUUUUGAUGAAAGCUUUGAAUUUCAAAUCAACCUCCCUGAACUGGCCAUGGUGCGCUUUGUAGUGCUGGACGACGACUACAUUGGGGACGAGUUUAUUGGCCAGUACACGAUUCCCUUUGAGUGUUUACAGACAGGCUACCGCCAUGUCCCUCUGCAGUCCUUGACUGGAGAAGUCCUCGCCCAUGCUUCUUUGUUUGUCCACGUGGCCAUCACUAACCGAAGAGGAGGAGGGAAACCUCAUAAAAGGGGCCUUUCUGUGAGGAAAGGGAAGAAGUCCCGCGAAUACGCAUCUCUGAGGACACUGUGGAUUAAAACCGUAGAUGAGGUGUUCAAGAAUGCCCAGCCCCCCAUACGGGACGCCACGGACCUGAGAGAGAACAUGCAGAAUGCAGUGGUAUCAUUCAAGGAGUUGUGUGGCCUCUCGUCGGUGGCUAACCUCAUGCAGUGCAUGCUGGCUGUGUCACCUCGAUUCCUGGGGCCUGACAACACCCCCCUGGUGGUCUUGAAUCUUAGUGAGCCCUACCCCACCAUGGAGCUGCAGGCCAUCGUGCCUGAGGUUCUGAAGAAGAUUGUAACGACUUACGACAUGAUGAUGCAGUCUCUCAAGGCACUGAUUGAAAAUGCAGAUGCUGUGUAUGAAAAGAUUGUGCAUUGCCAGAAGGCAGCCAUGGAAUUCCAUGAACACUUGCACAGCAUAGGCACCAAGGAGGGCCUGAAGGAGCGGAAGCUGCAGAAGGCGGUGGAGAGCUUUACCUGGAAUAUCACCAUCUUAAAGGGACAAGCGGAUCUUUUGAAAUAUGCUAAGAAUGAGACCCUGGAGAAUCUGAAGCAGAUCCACUAUGCAGCUGUUUCGUGUGGACUGAACAAGCCAGGCACGGAAAACUCUGAGGCCCAGAAGCCACGCCGGAGCCUGGAAGUCAUCCCUGAGAAAGCCAGUGAUGAAAAUGGGGACUAAGGAGCCUCCCCGUCACUCUCAAGUCACAGCCCUAGGGCCAGCCAGCAAGGGCACCCACUCACCAAGGAGAACAGCUGGGGCUGCAAAGCACAGCUGGAAUACCCAAUUGCAGUCUGUUACCGCUGUGAAUGUGUGCAGCAACCCUCGGGUGAAGGCAAAUAAACCAGAAAUUCUAUCCUGCCCAAACAUGCUGUAUUUUUAGACAAAACGCCCCGAGUUCCACUGUGAAGACAGUGCAUUUGCCCUAGUUCCACAACCAGAGAGUUCCUACGUGAAAACAGUGCGCUCAGGUGGAGGUGGAUUGCAUUGUUAAGAUGUAUUUAUUGGUGAGAAGGCUUGCAUCUCUUACUCGUGUGUGCUUGCCGGUCUUUGGCUGCAGAGGAUUUGGUGGCAUGCUUGCUGAGCCAUAAUUACUAAGCAGAAUGUAAGAGCCUGGAGCUGAGGACUGUGCCGCAGGACUAAGGCUGCCUGGCUGACGAUAUGCUGGCAGCGUGGCAGCUGGGUGGAGGCCGCCCCGUGUACGUGGUUUUUCACUGUAUGACAUAGUGUCCACAUUAAAGAUAUCUUUUAUGAUA